GCACCGCUCAUCUCAGCGCCACUUCUGUAACAAGGAUGGACCAUGACUUGCAUGGCAGCAGGAGAAGUCACCGCAGCAGACACAACGAGGAGGAGGACGAGUCUGUCUACAUUGGUGUUCCAGUGCCACGGAGCUACAGAAGGAAGCGCAGACAUCGCAGACAUACAUCACGUCAUUCCCACGAUCGGGACAGUCGGGAGAGACACCACAACCGCCCUGAACACCACGACCGAGAGGACCCAUGUGACCCAGAUGAGGGCGAGCAGGAUUCAAACGAGCUCUCUGACAUCAACUCCAUCAUGUCCCCUGCUGCAGAGAGGCUACGUCACAUCCUCAGAGAGGAAGAUGAGCCCACACCCACCCUGUUCACUGAGAUGGACACGCUGCAGCAUGAGGGUGGAGAAAUGGAGUGGAAAGAGUCUGCCAGGUGGGUUAAGUUUGAAGAGAAGGUGGAGGAGGGUGGCGAGAGGUGGAGCAAACCGCAUGUGUCCACGCUGUCUCUGCACAGUCUGUUUGAGCUGCGCACCUGCCUGCAGACGGGCUGCAUCAUGCUGGACCUGGAGGGGUAUUCACUGCCACAGAUAGUGGAUGACAUCAUUGAAAAGCAGGUGCAGGAGGGUCUUAUAGCUCCAGAGAUCCGUGAGAAGAUCAGUUUUGUCCUCUUGAGGAAGCACCGACACCAGACCAAGAAGCCGAUCCACCGCUCACUAGCGGAUAUCGGAAAACCCAGCCCCUCCAUCCGCAGUCCGAGCCCGAGUCCUCGCUCUGGGUCGGGUUUCCACCGUUCCACUGAGGACCUGCGAGCUCGUCAGAGCGCCGGCCUCAGCAAACUGCAUCCUUCUCAGUGCCGCAGUAUGAAUGAUAUUUCCGUCACACCCAGCACCGACCAGCUGAAGAAUAAGUUCAUGAAGAAGAUCCCCAGAGAUGCCGAGGCGUCUAAUGUGUUGAUUGGAGAGGUGGAUUUUUUAGACAAGCCGUUCGUGGCCUUCGUUCGUCUGGCUCAAGCAGCAACACUAGGGGGCCUUACUGAAGUCCCUGUGCCAACAAGGUUUCUCUUUGUGCUGCUCGGUCCCAAUGGCAAAGCCAAAUCCUACAAUGAGAUCGGUCGGGCCAUGGCUACGCUCAUGGUUGAUGACCUGUUCAGUGACGUGGCCUAUAAAGCCAGAGAUCGUGAGGACUUGAUUGCUGGGAUAGAUGAGUUUUUGGAUGAGGUGAUCGUUCUUCCUCCUGGAGAAUGGGACCCCAAGAUCCGCAUCGAACCCCCGAAGAAACUGCCUUCAGCAGAGAUGAGGAAGUCUGUUUUCUCUCUGAAUGAGCUGGGGCAGCCGAAUGGGAAUGCAGGAGGAGGAGCGGCGUCUGCAGAAGACGAGGAGAUGCCGGCUCCACAUGAACUUGGAGAGGAGCUGAAAUUCACUGGCCGAUUUUGUGGCGGACUGUGGCUGGACAUCAAGCGUAAAGUGCCCUGGGUUUUCAGUGACUUCUAUGAGGGCUUCCACAUCCAGUCCGUCUCUGCGGUGCUCUUCAUUUACCUGGGCUGCAUCACCAAUGCAAUCACCUUUGGAGGACUGCUGGGGGACGCAACCGACAACUACCAAGGUGUGAUGGAAAGCUUUUUGGGCACGGCUUUGGCCGGCAUGGUCUUCUGCCUCUUCGGCGGUCAACCCCUCAUCAUCCUCAGCUCUACAGGACCGAUACUGAUCUUUGAAAAGCUGCUGUAUGAGUUCAGCAUAAACAAUAACAUAGACUACAUGGAGAUCCGGCUCUGGGUCGGCCUGCACUCCUGCCUCCAGUGUCUGAUCCUGGUGGCCACCGACGCCAGCUACAUCAUCAAGUACAUGACACGCUUCACCGAGGAGGGCUUCUCCAGCCUCAUCUCCUUCAUCUUCAUUUCCGACGCCCUUAAGAAAAUGAUGAGUGUCUUCAAUUAUUACCCCAUCAAUCGAGACUUCAAGCCAGAUUACAUCACCAGCUACAGGUGUGACUGCCAGCCUCCUGAUCAAGUGUCUCCAUUGGUUCUCAACACUUCCUCUCCAUUAGGCCUGGAAAACUUCUCUGAUUACUCUAUGUUCAACUUCUCCGCUCUGGACUGGAAUCAGCUGAGUAAGAAAGAGUGCUUGUGGUUCGGUGGUUCCCUGGUGGGAAAAUCCUGCAAAUACAUCCCUGAUCUGGCCAUGCUGUCUUUCAUUUUGUUCUUCGGCACUUAUUCCAUGACCAUCUCGCUCAAAAAGUUCAAGGCCAGCCGUUACUUCCCCACAAAGUGUCGCACCUUCAUAGCAGAUUUCGCCAUAAUUGUAUCCAUCCUGGUCUUCUGUGCUCUGGAUUAUGUGAUGUCCUUGGACACUCCCAAACUGCAUGUACCCACCCAGAUAAAGCCGACGCGGCCGGAUCGCGGCUGGAUCGUCAUGCCCUUUGGGAAGAACCCGUGGUGGAUGUGCUUGGCCAGUUUUGUUCCUGCUCUUCUGGUCACCAUCCUCAUCUUCAUGGACCAGCAGAUCACGGCUGUCAUCGUCAACCGAAAAGAAAACAAACUGAAGAAAGGUUGUGGAUAUCAUCUGGACCUGUUCUGGGUGGGCAUCCUCAUGGCCGUCUGCUCCUUCAUGGGUUUGCCGUGGUACGUAGCAGCCACAGUCAUUUCCAUCGCCCACAUCGACUCUCUGAAGAUGGAGAGUGAGUCCAGCGCUCCUGGCGAGCAGCCACAGUUUCUCGGUGUGCGAGAACAGAGACUCACAGGCGUUUUGGUGUUUGUCCUCACCGGAGUCUCUGUCUUCCUUGCACCAGUACUGCAGUACAUCCCUAUGCCUGUGCUGUAUGGUGUUUUCCUGUACAUGGGCGUUGCUUCUCUCCAUGGUAUUCAGUUUUGGGAGAGGAUGAAGCUGUUCCUCAUGCCAGCCAAGCACCAGCCAGAUUUUGUGUUCCUGCGGCACGUACCCCUGCGGCGUGUGCACCUCUUCACUCUGGUGCAGAUCACCUGUUUGGCCGUCCUCUGGAUCCUCAAGUCCACUGUGGCCGCCAUCAUUUUCCCUGUCAUGAUUCUGGGCCUGAUGGUCGUGAGGAAGAUGCUGGACCUGAUCUUCUCGCAGCAUGAUCUGGCCUGGCUGGACGACAUCCUGCCCGACAAGGACAAGAAGAGGAAGGAGGAUGAGAAGAAAAAGAAAGAGAAGAAGAAAGCCAGGAAGUCGGAGGAACACAACAACAGUGAUGAAGAGUCAAAGUGUCCCAAAGACUCCCUCCAGUCAGUGGAGAUUCCUCUGAAGCCAAUGAAUCCGUCAUGUUGUCCAAACCCUCCCAAUUCUGACCCCUCGGCCUAACUGAGCAUCACCCUUAUUCUUAUACCCCUGGCGACUCAGACCUGACAUCCUUUACCUGAAGCAUCCUGAAGCUGAUUGAACACACAAACCAUGAUGAGAUACAAGCACAGCUUCACUGGCGCUCUCCCAAACACACCAGGCUCACAGAUGUAUGAUAUUUUUACGUACUUGACCAACGCAGCGAGUGACGCACGUUUCCAAACCCACAUCGACCAUAUUGCGCGUGAGUCAUUCAGACCUUGGACUGGACUCAACAUCCUUCAGAUAGAUCUAGCUGAGCUGUGCCAGUGUGAAGCGUGUUAAGAUCAACACAUGAAAUUCACCAGAUUCAACUCUAUUCAGAGAAACCCUGAGAAGACUAAAAUAAGACGCGGAAGAGGUUUAACCCAAGUUUGUGAUUUUAUUAUCAUAUUGUAUAAAUAUAUUUGAACUGUAUGAUAUUAAAUACAGAUUUAAUAGAACCUAGUGGAACAAAAGCGCAAAUAAAUUCAAUUAUAGUUAGAAAAACAGUGUGUCUAGUAAAUUCAGUUGGAUUAAAUUUGUUGUAUUACAAUUAAAACAUAUAUUCCAAACAUAGAUUCUGAGUUCAUAUUGUAGCAUUUUAUAUAUUUAGAAAAAAUCAGAAAUGUGUAUGAGUAAUGUUGAAAUGUUUCCAGACUGUCAUAAAUGAGUAUGAGAACAGCAAACAGGUUUAUUUUAUUCAGAUUCUGUCUUUUCAACUUUGUUUUGGUCAAAUAAAGAAUGAAAGAGGCAUGAA